AUGGACCAGACGGGAGGACACUUAGCAGACGACAGACGUGGACGAUGGGAGCGGCGAGCUCGCGUAGAAGGGUUCCUGGAGCAGGUCCUCCAUAUUGUCGAGCAUCGCGUCGAGCGGGUCCACGGCUGCGGGCGUCGUCGGCGCGACGGUCGUCGGUUGGUUGCCAGCAACGACCGCGGCGUCAAUGACCAUGAGCUCGUCCGGGAGACAUUCGCCGUCGGCGAGGUUGAUCUUGGCGCACGCCAAGAGCACGCGGCACUUUUCCUUCUGGUCCUCGAUCUGCUGCUUCAAGUCGCGGUUCUGGUGCUCGCUGAGCUGGCGCUCGGUCUUGAAGACGGCAGCAAUGUCCAUCCACGAGAGGCUCGAGCGCUUAAAGUACGCGAGCUCGCGCGCGUGGCGCUCGAGCGACUGAAUCUCGCUGCUGAGCAUUUGGAGCUCGGCCUGGUGGUGGCAGCGCUUGAGGCGGAAUCGCUCGCGGUUGUACACCUGCUUCUUGAGGCGCGCCCGCGCCUUCUUGACCUCGUCAGGGAUAAACGCCUUGUGCGUGCCGUCGUAGGCCGAGAGUAG